GUUUACAUUGUAAUGCUCUAGCUUACUAUGAUUGCAUAUUAUUAUGAUGAUGCAGGCCUUGGCUGAAGCUCACGCGAGCAGAUUGAUUCUAAUCGUAAAAGCGCAGUUAGAAUUUUGGGUCACACACGGAGUGACCAGUUUUUCGUGAGGGGAACCCCAAAUAUGAUAUCAAAUGAAAGCCCCUGUGACAUCAUCACAAUGCUUUAACAUAAGGUCAAUUUGUUGGGGGUAAUUGUCAUAAUCAAACCUGACCUCUAUGAUAUUUAGCAAAAUAAGCUUUACUGUCAACGGUUUUGGCUGCAUGGUUUCACAUUUUUAUUAAAAAAAAUAUACAUCUUGCACGAAGAGUAUUGUCCAACGCCUGCUGUAAAAUACCUGCAGCAAAUAUUGUGUCGCCAUCUUUGGCUGUCUCGCCUAAAGUCCAUCCAGUGUAUGAUCAAAUCAUAUACAUAGUGUGACAUAAAAAUGAUAACCAAUUCCUGAUUGGAUUUGUGACAGUUAGGAGGUCACAUAAAACAGCCCAAGUCCCUACAGUUCUGUACUCGACAAGACAAAAUACAAAGAACCAAUAUGGAUCCUGCGAUAGCUGAUCCAUUUGGACUUAAAAGUUUAGUGGACUGUAUAUUCAGAGCGAUAUACUUCUCCCAACCGACUGACAUGAGUGACUUUAUACACCAGUACAUAACGGACUUGAUGGACUUCAUAGGCUGUCACGAAGAAGAGCAUCCCAAAAGCAUGUUUAUACUGUUCCAAGAGAAAUGGGAGAAGAACCUUCUAGAUAGUAAAGACAAAAAAACAAAGCGUUCAGCCCCAUUUAUGGACUCUAUCCCAUCGUUGCAAAACAUAUCCGAGGAAGAGAUAGAAGACCUUUUACAGAAGCUGUACAGGGAUUUGGCAUUAGCAAAUGUUUUACCACAAGAGCUAGUACACAAACGAAGGAAACGCAGUAAAAGGAAUAAGAAAAUAUUUUCCUGCUGCGACGCCAGCACGGAGACAGACUUGUUGUCGGUGGAAUGGAUCUCAAGUGAAGAUGACAGCUUAGGGUUCAGUGAUGACAGCGACACAAUGCUAGGUUCUAGCCAGUGCUGCACACCACCCGUUCCAGUUGCAACCAUGCCAAACAAAAUCCAGUGCUGUUCACCACCUGUUCCAGUGGAGACAACACCAGACCUAAGCCAGUGUGACUUGCCACCUGUUCCAUUCGACACAAUACCAGACCUGAGCCGGUGCAAUUCACCACCAGUUUCAGUUGAGACACUACCAGACCUGAGCCAGUUCGAAUCGCCACCUGUUCUAGUUGAGACAAUACCAGACCUAAGCCAGUGCGAUUCUCCAACAGCUGCAGUUCCGGACCUAAGCCAGUGUUAUUCACCGUCAGUUCCGGUUGACACAAUGCCGGACGUAAACCAGUGCUGUUUACCAGAACUUCCACUUGAUCUUCCUUCUUCAUCUUCAUCCACAACACCUUCAGAUAUGAAAGAGCUGAUAUCCGAUUCUGAAGCUACUUUGGCAGAAGUGUCACAAAAGCUUGCGACAAAGAAUGACGAUGAAAGAAAUGUUAUGCUACAUAAACAUGGCAAAGAAACACAUAAAGCCGGCAAAAAUUCCCUGCUGAACAAACAGGAUAAAAUCCCCGGAUCUGAGAAGGUCAAGUGUAUGAACAGGGUCGCACUAUUAAUGCCUGAUCAACCCGGCGUGGGGUCAUUUGGACCAAAAACAGUCAUUCCCAAAAACAGACUGAAACCAAUUGAAUCCAAGAACAAUUGGGUUUCUCAACGACAAAAACCAGGAAAACCUGAACUACAGACGCCUCCAAAAACACAAGAAUCCAAGAAACUCAGAGUGGGUCCUUGCCAGGCAUUGGUGCCGAAGAGACCUGAAAAAACAGAAAUACCAAGCAGACUCACGUUUCUGGAGGCAACCACCGUGUUACCUCGCAUCACACCCGUACCAAGAAGGCCCAAAGUAUUCACAUCAUCCAUGCCUGAGGUAAGGAGGACACGGUUGAGUCUUCGUCGCUUAUAUGGACCAGACAAGCCAAAAAUCCCUACACCGGACAACCGACCGCCAAAACUGCCUUGGAGAAGUCCACUCAGUGAUCCUCCAAGAAGAGAAGGACCGGCCCGUGUUCUUUGGAUGGACAGGGAAAGAGUAAAACCUGUGCAAACCAAACCAACUUGGAGCAUUCCUGCCACAGUCUUGUUUUGACCUGAAAAAGACCCAUCAGUUUUGACCCAUGAGUCUCCCAAAGCUACCUUUUAUUUAAUCACAACACACAACACAAGACAAUUUUAAUCAUUUGUUGAUGUAUUUUUUCCCACAUUGUAUACUUUGAGCAGUUUGUUAUAUUUUGCAUGCUUUUGAGUUGGAACUACUUAACACCUACAUCAGUUGACAUCGCAACCAACCGACUGAGGUGUUGCAACAAGACACAGAGGGUGAACAGCUCUGCCUUAGCCGUGUAAGAUCCCUAUGGGGAAAUUAGUAAAGCUGGCAGUAGGAUAUGGUGUCUUAACAACGCAUGUCAUACAUGUGCUGGAUGCUAGCUUAUGUCUUUGUGUCGACAGAAAUUC